GUCCCUGAAUGCCCCCCGGACCCCUGCUCUCUGCCCCACGGCGCCCCCCAAUGGCUCUCAGCUGACCCCCAGGAUGACUGUGAGUGAGCGGCUACAGAAGCGCAUCUCCGCUGCAUUCUACCGGCAUGGGUUGCUUUGUGCAUCGUACCCAGUACCCAUCAUCCUCUUCACCGCGGUCUCCAUCCUGGCCUGCUGCUACCCCUUGCUCAAGUUGCCUUUGCCUGGAACAGGGCCGGUGGAGUUCACCACAGGGGUGCGAGAUUAUACCACACCACCCUCCGAGCCUCAAGGAGACCCUGGGGACCUGCCUGACUGGUACUGCAGUCCCCCUGUAGCCUACAUCCAGCAGGUCUUGGUGAAAGCUGCAGUGGUUCCCUGGGACAGUCGACUGGUCCCUGUUGAUGCUUUCCGCUCCCCGCUGGCCCAAGUCUUCACUCUGCUGGAGGAGAUUCGCAAUCAUGUGCACAGAGACAGUUCUGGCGUUCGCAGCCUGGAGUCGCUGUGUCUCCAAGUGACAGACUUGUUGCCGGGGUUGCGACGGAUGCAGACGGUUCUUCCAGAGCACGGCUGCUUGCUCGUAUCCCCCGGUAACUACUGGCAGAACCAGCGGGAGCGCUUUGACUCGGAUCCGGACAUUUUGCGAACUGUCCAUCAACAUGAACCCAAGGGCCUACACACAUCAGCCACACUAAGAGAUCUGCUGUUCGGCGUACCAGGAAAGCACACCGGGGUCAGUCUGCACAACAGGAAGCACGUGGUCACCUACACCAUCACUUUGGCCCUGAGGAGCUAUGACGCCAGGUUUCUGGGCAGUCUGCGCUCCCGGCUGAAGCAGCUCCACCCCAGUGUGAACUGCAGCCUGCGGGAGGACCACAUGGUACACGUCCAUUUCAAGGAGGAGAUCGGCAUCGCAGAGCUCAUCCCCCUCGUCACGACGUACAUCAUCCUCUUCGCCUACAUUUACUUCUCCACCAGGAAGAUUGACAUGGUGAAGUCAAAGUGGGGCUUGGCAUUGGCAGCAGUGGUGACGGUGCUCAGCUCUCUGCUUAUGUCAGUGGGGCUGUGUACACUCUUUGGACUCACUCCCACGCUCAAUGGGGGAUCUUGGAUCUGCUUGCAGCGUCUGCUGUAUUCUCUGAAAUCUGCCCUCUCUUGGCAGGUGUACCGCCUGGAGGACUCCUGCUGCCUGUUCACUCUGCAGGGACAUUCUGGGGGCAUCACUUCCAUCUACAUCGACCAGACCAUGGUGCUGGCCAGCGGGGGGCAGGAUGGGGCAAUCUGUCUAUGGGAUGUCCUGACGGGCAGCCGUGUCAGCCACGUUUACGGGCACCGCGGGGAUGUCACUUCUCUGGUCUGCACCACUUCCUGUGUCAUCAGCAGUGGGCUGGAUGACCUGAUCUGCAUCUGGGACAGAAGCACUGGCAUCAAGCUGUAUUCCAUCCAGCAGGAGGUGGGAUGCGGGGCCAGUCUGGGGGUGAUCUCGGAGAGCCUGCUGGUCACAGGGGGACAAGGGUGCGUGUCGUUCUGGGACCUGAAUUUCGGGGAUCUACUACAGACGGUGUACCUGGGCCAGAGCAGCGAGGGGCAGGGCGUGAGACAGCUGCUGGUCUUGGACAAUGCCGCCAUCGUGUGUGACUUUGGCAGUGAGCUCAGCCUGGUGUACGUCCCCUCUGUGCUAGAGAAGCUGGACUGAACCUGGGAAAGGACCCCAGACCCGCCAGGCCCCACUCACUAGCCUGCCCUGCUUAGCAGUACUGGGAUGUCAACAUAUUUUUCAGCAGAUACAGACAAGACCAAAAUCUUUCUACAUUUUAUGGGUAUACCGGUAGGAAUGCAGAAUGCAGGCUAGAACAAACCUCUCGGCGGGGCCAGGCUAUGGGGACCAGGUCGUGGGAACUCCCAAAGUGAAAUAAGCUGAAUUGGGGAGGAUCUGCGAGGAGGAUUGUAGAGGAAUUGUCAGUGAACACAGAGAAGGAAGCACCAAGCAUCUGUAUUUACUCAAAAGCAGGAAUUAAGGUCAGUUUUGUGACAGGACGGUGUCUCCUCUCCCACAGUUGUGUUCCUGAACGUCAUUUAUAGAGAGUGUCGUCCAUUUGGCACACUGCUGUCCACAGUCUCCCUCCCCACAGCCCUGUAUGUGGCGACAACAUCGGCAUCUUCAUCUUUCUUCUUUUACUCUCCCCCUCUUUCUUCCCUCAUCCUCGGUUUUUGUCUCACUGUUAGGAAUCGCUUACACGACUGUCAAGGUUCCAUUAAAUGCUGCACAUGUAAUCUCAUUUCCCAGUUGUCAGUCGUAGUGGUAGGAUCACACUUCCUGACUCCUUCAAGGAUGAAUGCACAGGAGUGUCUCUCUCUCUCUCACAUCUCGGUCAGGACCAGGCCUUGUGGAGUGAUCACCUAGAACGUGCCAGCCUCCUUCAAGGUGCUAGUAUUUCCAUUUGCUCUCAAAACAGCUGGUGGCUAUGACCUGUGCACUGGUUAAAGAUUUUUCAGGUACAGCUUUGUUGAAGAGCAGUCUUUCUUACCAUUAGAUAAAUGGGCUGUUCUGCUGAAGCUAUUCACAGGGUAUAUGAGAGUGAGCUGUGUCUGUGUGGCUUGUCUGAUUAUGAAUGUGUGUGUGUCUGAGGAGCUUUUAGGAUCCCAGCUACUGUCGGUAUCUGGAUCUGUCCCUCUAUUUCUGGUUCUUACUUUAUGUGAUGUUUUUAUGCUUGUGGUCCCUGGUCCCAGGGUGUCCUGAGUGAAGGAAAUGGAAGAAGUGAAGUAGUAAAUAUCAAACAUUUUACUAAGUACAAUAUUGACACUAAAAGACUUGUUAGCCGCACUGUCAAAUCAUAUUUUUAAUAUGCUAAAAUCUUUUAUUUAUUAGCAAUGAAUUCUGAAUACUAGCUAAUUUACAAUAUUUUUUUAUUGAAUUUCCAUAAGAUAAUUAGAAAGUGUGCCUUGUGGGUGUGUACAAAGUGGACUAACGUUAAGUCUUUCCCCUGGUGGGAUGGAUGUGUUAUUUGCAGGAUGUAAUUUGAAAAAGCCGAUAGCUGUUAUAUCACAACUCAACCAAUAUUGCACACCGAGAGCUCUCUUUAUACACACUGUAGCACAAAAGCCAUUUUAACAGUUAUUUACGUUGUUUUUUCGUGUUCAUGUUUUAGUUUAAUUGUUGCAGGACACUUUUCACUCCUUAUUUCACUUGAGCUACUUUUGUUCUGUGUAGCUGCCUGGGCAGCAAACUGUGUACCACUUGAGUAACAAGAGCAGAGCAGUUGUCACCACAGGAUAUGGAUCUCGUGUCUUUUGUGGAUGUGGCGCCUCUGCUAAUUGGCUGAUAGACUGACCACAUCGGUCAGACUGCUUGGGCACAGAGAUGAAGGCGAGCACAUCUGAGCAGAAGGAAGCACUGACAGGCUGGAAUGUGUGAGAGAACGGUGGCAUUGGCUUAGUUCAUUUUCGGCGGCAUGCAUGUGCUGGCAAAGUUCUUCGAGUGUCGUACACUGGGAAGAAGCUGCUGUUAAAAAAUCAUUUUAAAGAAAUGAUAAGAACGGACAGCAGCUGUCACUGAGCAAGGACUAGGAGAUGUCAGCUUCCAGUUGAGAGCAAAGAGAUGCCUAAAAUGUGUACAGUCAACUGUAAAAACACACAGAUCAGAUCUUAGGGUAUCUCAUGAAGAGUUUUCUUAAGCUGUUACCGACAUGCUUAUUGUGAGGGUGAAAAAUCUCUGCUGGAUGCUCUUUAUUUAUAAGAAUGGGGGCGGUAUUGCGACAGUUUUCUGCUGUGAUUUGCUUUUUUUCUGUUGUCCAGCUCUGGAUUAGAUCUGAAGGUUCUUGCUUGAGGAGAAUGCAGUGUAAUAUUACCCAUGUUCAGCAAUCCAGGGAAACCAGUACACUUUCACUCUCUGGGUCUCUCUCAUUUACUAGAAAAGCCCUCACUCAUUUCCCUUUUCCUGUCACCCCUCAUGGAAUUUUCCCCCUCCCCUGAAUCACUUACCUCCCCUCUCUAUCUCCAGUUCCCCUCAUUCUCUCACUCCAUGAUUUUCCGACUUCCCUCACACCUCUUGAAUCUCGACACUGGGCUGCUGAACUGCAGCAGAGUAACGUCUGCUGUUCCACAGAAAGACGAUUGGAGGAAAACCUCACACACAAGACGGACAUCUGAUCAUUCAACGGUUUUAAUUUAUUUGCUUUUAGAUGUAAAUAUUAAGUGAGUUUUAGAAGUGCUAUAGAAAUGCUGCUUAAACUUUGAAAUGAAAUGAAAUUAUGAUUAUUUUUGUUUAUCUUUGUAUUUUUCCAGCCUACAUUGUUUGUGGGUCACGUGGUGAUUUGGGGGACAUAGUGAUGUUGGUUGCUGGCGUGGUCAUCUGUAAGUGUGCUGUAAAAGAUGCCAUACCACCUGUUGUAUGACCCACCCUAAUCAUAAAGUCAUAACUAUUCUUCAACUGGGACACUGAUCUAGCUGGUAGUCCCAGCUGCGUGGUGGGACAGACUUGCAACUGAGAGGUCCCAUUUUGGCAAGAAGCUUCUGACUAAAAGCUUAAAAUUGGUUAAGGCAGAAGUUUUGGUUUCAAGACGGAUCCAGGAAUUCUGUUUAUUCUGGUUUUAUUUUCAAUUGAGCUCUCAUUUACACCAUGGAAUCCUGAAUCUGCUUAUAUGUCUAAUUAAACCAUUUGUAAUUGAAUUGAUCAAGUAAAGGAGAGAUCAGUUGGAAUGAAAUCUGUGAUAAGAGCUGAAAACCCCUUUGUUUAGGACUUGGAUGGAAAUAUCAUUAGUUACUUUUCUCCACUUACUGUAUGAGAAUGAAGCUACUGUGAAUUUAAACCUUUAUUGGUGGCGAUUUGCAGGCACACACAUUUCCUGCAUUUGAAAUCUCUAAAGUAGCACUGGGUAAUGCAUUCUGAGUCAGCAGCUCACAUUAUAUAACUGACCAGGAAGAGCAGAAAGAGAUGGCAGGAUCAGAGCUGGUCUCUUUGGCACGUUUAGCUAAGGACACACAAGUCGGUCAGUGCAAGCUUUGUUUGGUCAAAGAGAGUUCGCCUUGUUUCAGGAUUAUGUCAGCAGCAAGUGAUGGCUUUUGAGACAUCAAGGCUACAAUUUAGGCCUGUAACAUCUCAUCACAGGUUUCUUAGAAUGCGAAGCCUGUGUGAAGGUUAAGGUAAUAUUUCUGUUAUCUUGUGACCGCAGUGUUAGCACCUCAUAGCCUGAUCUUGUCAGGUCUUAGAAGCUACAGUGUUGUCCAUGGUCAGUAUUGGAAUGGGAGACCACUAAGGAACACCAUAUUGCUACACUGAGUGGUAUUGGUGGACCAGUAGGUGGCGCUCUGGUUCAGAAUUUUCGAACCAAUACCCCAAUACUGUGACCAGGACACUGCUGUGGUAGGUGUCAUCCUUCAGCUGAAACAUUAAGGUCUGUUUAAUUGAACAGAUUGUUGGUAGUGGAUUUAACACCGUUAUCCUGGUCUCAGUUAAUUUUGGGCCUGCUGUUGGUUUGUGUCACCUGGCUGCACUUUGUACUUCUGUGGUGGAUGAAGUGGGUCCCCUUCACUUAUAUGAAGUGUUUUGGAAUCCUUUAAACUUAACAGAUGUUAUCACUUCUAAUUAUUAUAUUUUUGCACUGAUUUAUCCCUUCCAUUGCCCUAUGUACAUGCACAAAUUUCAAUUAGUAUUGGAAUGUUUCAGGUUUGUUGACUGUCAUGAUUAAAUGGAAGUUUGCGACUCAUUUCCAGACACCAGAUUACUUUUGUGUUGGCUUUGUCAGUUUAACUGUGGGUCCACAACUGUGUUGUGUUGCAUCCAGCCUGGGUCUACUUCCAGACCGUGUCCUUUUGGGUGGUUUGUCUCCGUCUAAAUUGUAGGCUGGUUCAAAAUUGCUUUCUCUGGAUAUUUCUUCUACCAGGCUGUUGAACCAGCAUCUGCCUGAUGAUUCCAGCAAAUCUGGACAGUUUUUGCUUUAAGAUGCUGCUGCUAAAGAUCUGAUGUCAUAGCUUGAAAAGGUCAAGAUAACAAACUAGAAAUGUAUAAUUUGUAGGGGCUAGCAAGAGAGAAAGCUGUACAGGUUAUAAAUUGAUACGGAUUGCUGGAACAUGCCCUAGUACUGAUGCAGUUACAGUACUGCAUGACCCUUAUCAAUGAUCAAUGAGAAGAGGAUACUUCAGUGAAGACUCUGGUCCAAAUGUGUAAUUGCACUGAACAGAAAAUGUUUACUGAAGAAAGAUUAAGUGGCUGUGUGUCAGGAUGCCACUCUUGGUGUGCCACAGCGACAGUGGUCCCAGCUCUGAAGCCUAGCUGUACAACCGUGGACCCCUGAGCUGUCUUGUCUCCUGAGAGGCUCCAUCACUGUUAUGCGAUAUAUCGGUUCUGAUUGUAUGAGCGUUUUUUUUUGUAAGACAGACACUAAAACUUCAUACUGUAUAAUUUAAAGAUUGUUAAAGGUAGGGGAAGCCGAUUAAUGUUGGUGUCUCAUUUGUGAAGUGGCAGUGGUCUUGCCUGAUGGACCAGGUUGAAGCCUCUACAUGAUCCGUUGCAGCUCUCAAUUUCUUCCGAGAUUUGUAAAUAUUGCUCUGUACUUUGGAAAAUGUAACUUAUCUAGGGCUUUGCUUUUUUACUGCAAUGUUGCGCUGUGGAAUGUGAAAUGAGAGGGGGGGGUGGGUGAGGGGGGGUGGCUCUCUCUGGGUGUAAAUAUUGAGUGGCUCUGAGGUCUGCUGUCCCAUGCUGUCCUCCCCACAAACCCCCCAUUACUGUACAGUGUAACCAUAGUGUACGUAGAGGAUAAAACUAAUGUUCUGUACUAUUUUUAACUUUAACACAGGCAAAACUUUAUACUAUUUACAAAUAAAUGGCUUUGAUACUUUAA